CUCCACCUCCACAUUACCACUAUAACAUUGGUCAGCUAUUGUUAGUUACUGAACAGAGCUUGCUGUCAACAGCCAAGAUGCCGAGGCUGUGGCAUCUCCUGCUCCUGUGCUGGGCAUGGAGUCCUCUGUGUCUUCCAUCCAGUGUUAGCUUCAUUGGUACACCACAGCAGUGUGAAAAGGCUCACUUUGUCCCUGGUUACAAUCUGGGGGGAGAAGGCUUCGACAUUGUCACGAUGGAGCGGAAAGGUGCCUAUGUCAUCGACACUGAAACAUGGAAUCUUGGCAACGGCACUUGCAGGCUAUACACAAACGGCUACAUGAAUAGAGAGAGCCAGAAGGUCCCAGCUGCCAUGGUGGACUGGAGAACCCUCCCAAAGUGUAGUUUAAAGGUCUCCAGUACCCAGUAUGAUUCUGUCGAAACUCUUGUCAAUGAUUCUACAUCAUCCGUUUCCAAUGAUUGGAAAAUUGGCCUUGAAAUCCCUGUGACUCCGUCUGCCACUGUUGGUGCCGGUUUAGGAGGUUCUCACUCCAAAGAAUCUACCUUUGCCAUGCAAAAGUCUAAACAAGACCACUACAGCUUCUUGAGCCACUCUGUUUACUGUAGCUUCUACCGCUACAGAAUGGCAACAAAACCUCCACUGAGUUAUGACUUUAAAUCAUCUGUGAACUCCCUUCCAUCCUACUCACGUAAGACAGAGCCAUCAUAUCGCAGUCUGAUUGACACAUAUGGUACACAUUUCAUCACACAAGUGUCUCUGGGAGGGGAAAUAAAAGCAAACACUGCUAUCAGGACCUGCCAGACAACCAUGAAUGGACUGUCAGAAACGGAAGUCAAAGACUGUUUGUCAGUUGAGGCCUCUGCUAGCUUUGCAAGUACAGCUAGCAUUAAGGCCGAGUACAAACACUGUCAGGAAAAGAAGAAGAAGUUAGGCUCUAAUCAAAGUUUCAGCAGCGCAUUUAAUGAACGUACCACAGAGAUCAUUGGUGGAAACCUCAACGAGGCUGACAUCCUCUUUGAAGGCCAAUCAAACCCCUCUGUCUAUAACAACUGGCUUAGCUCACUGAAAACCACACCUGAUGUGGUCCGAUACAACAUAAAUCCUCUGCACACCUUACUGCCAAGCGAUCAUAUUGCCAGAGACGGACUGAAGCAAGAGGUGCAGAAGUACAUCAUGAAAAAUGCAGUAUUGAAAAAAUGCUCAGAAACCUGUAAUAUUGGGCACAGAUCCAGCAAAAGAGAUCCUUGUGCUUGUGUUUGCAUCGGUAAUCAGAAUAUCAAGUCAAACUGCUGUCCUGCUGGGAAAGGUCUCGCAACAUUAAAGGUUUUCAAGCUCUAUGCAGAAGGUCUUUAUGGUGAUAAGUGGUCUCAGACUGAUGGUUCAGUGGAGGUUGCUUACGGUGAUAAGAAUAAGCGUACUUCCAUCAUAAGUAACAAUGACUAUCCUAAAUGGCACGAGACAUUUGAGUUUGGACCCAUCGUCAUUAACAUGAAUAACAAACUUACGUUCAGUAUUUAUGAUGAGGACAAUUACUGGAACAGUGAUCUGCUUGGUGUGUGUACAUUUAAUCUGCGUAGGGGAAAAGUGAGCGAAAGCUGCAUGUUAGAGCACGGUACGUUCUUCUUCUCCUACAUAGUGGAGUGUGCACAAAGUCUUGGUGGUGACCAAUGUCAAGAAUACUUACCCUCCCCAAUGAGUCCCUCUUUGGCCAGGGUCUUCUACACUAGAAACGGGGUCCUUCUUGGAGAGAUAGGGAAGAGAAAUGCUCAAUCAGUCAGUCAGGCUAAGGUCAGCAGUUGA